UCUUAUGUGUUAAAAAUAUAAAAUACACAAUUUGAAAAUUUUGAUAUCUUCAGCAGUAUCUUGAUAGCUCAUUUUUUGUUGGCUUAUAAAUAAAAGUAGAAUUUCUAAAUUUUAAACAUGUGUUCAAAAUGGUGACGCAUAAUGAAACGCCGGAAUCACCAACUAUUGUUAUCUCGCCGACUGAUGAGGCGCCACUUUUUCCAAAAGACAAACAAAACAUGAUUACCGUGACGAUCAGCACUCCGAAUUUUUCUCAACCAACCGUGAAAUCAUUUGAGUUUGCUUUGGAUGAGAAAGUAUGGAAGGCGAAACAAAGCGUAUUGAUUGAGUAUGCGGCGAAUGCUGAUUUAAAGGAUCCGCUGAACUUUGGUUUUUAUAUGCCACCCCAAGGCGGACGUGCUGGAAAAUUUCUUGCAGAAGAAAGAUUAUUGAGAGAGUAUCCAAUGGAUAAAAACGACUCUAGUUUAGAGUUUCGUUAUAAAAGAAGAAUUUUUCGACAUCUUCAACUGCAGGAUGAGAAAAAACUUCAAAAAAUUAACACCAAGAAAUACCGAAAGAAAUUCCUUGAAGCUAUUUUUGCAAGAGACGAAGCCAAAGUAGAAAAGAUGUUGAAGAAGGGACUGGAUCCUAACUACCACGAUGAAAAAACUGGAGACACACCCUUGUUGAUAGCCUCCAUGUUGGAUGACUGUAUGGAGUUGCUGAAGUUGCUCGUCCUACAUGGUGCAUACCUAGACUUCAGAUCUCGAGAGGGUUUAACAGCUUUGCAUCGAGUAGCUCUGAUUGGCAAAGUGGAAAGCUUGAAGAAUCUGCUCGAUCUGGGUGCAUCUCCGAAUUGUAAAGAUAGCAAGGGUGUUACGCCGUUAUAUUUAAGUAUAAUAUCGGGAUCCAAUCCAGUCAUUUCCGAGAUCCUGUUACGAGAGCGUAGUGAGAUUGGUAUACGAGACAUCCAUGGUAGCGAGGAGAUCCACCAAGCUUGUAAACUAGGCUACGUUCAGCAUUUAGAACACUUGAUAUUUUAUGGUGCUAAUGUGAAUGCCACUACCGCUUCUGGCAAUACUCCUCUUCAUAUUUGUGGGUUAGAAAAUCAAGAGAGCUGCGCACGAGUUUUAUUGUUUCGAGGAGCUGAUCGUAACAUUACAAAUUACGCGCAACAAAGUGCUUAUGACGUCGCUAUUCUCGCAAAUAACUUCGAAAUUUCACAAUUGAUUAAUAAUUUUGACGACAGCGAAGUAAGAUUGUUUAAAGACGAGCCCGAGUUCACGAAACGUCGCAGCGAUACAAUCGUCAAAAACGAGAAAUCGUCGUCAUUGCCGUCGUCGCCGGAACAAGAAAGUAAUUUGAUGCACGCUGUUUCAACACCUAAUAUGCACACUCUAGGAUUAAGCCGACCCAGAAAAAGCUCACUCAAUAGUUUACCACAUAAGGAGGAUUUUUCCGAAUCUGAAUCCGAGUCAGAUGACGAAGAUUUAAAACCCGUAUCACAAACUCGAACAUUUUCACACAAUGCGGGUCUCGGAACAAAGCGUUCCCCUGCGCCAAUCAAAAAAAGUGCCAAAGCUGCAUCAACACUUAGAACUCGAUUGUAUGCUAGCGUUCCUGGUCGCAACUUUAUCGCCAUUACAGAUUACGAGCCUGCAGCGCAAGGAGAAUUAUCUCUAAAGAAAGGUGAUAUAGUAGAAGUUUUGUAUGUUGGAGAAGGAGGGUACUGGGAAGGAAGCGUUAACAGACGCGCUGGAUGGUUUCCAAGUUAUUGUGUGCAAGAAAUCAAGAAAGGAGAUACCUUUAAAUCUAAGCAACGAUCAUGGUUUGGUAAAAAGAACUCUCCGAUGGAGAUCAUAGAUAAAGCAUUACAAUCAGAGCCACCGAAGCCGAGAGUAGUUACAUUAAAACGCCAUGAUAAAGGAUUUGGUUUCCAACUACGUGGCGCAAACUCCCAUGUGCCGCACAUAGAUUUCACGCCCUCUCCACAGUUUCCAGCGCUUCAGUAUAUCGGAGAAGUUGAUAAAGGGGGCGUUGCUGAGAGGGCGGGAUUGCGUCCAGGAGAUUUUGUGUUAGAAAUUAAUAACGAAAAUGUCGCGAAUGCUACGCAUGGUUAUGCUGUUUCGCUAAUAAGCAAAGGUGGAAAAUCGUUGAGUAUCAAAGUUAUUACUGUUGCGCCAGAGUCAGUUAAUCCAGAACUUAUUUUACCUAACGGAACUUUAAAAUGUACAGAUGCGAAAGACUUGUUCAAAAAUGACAAUAUUAAAGCGCCACCACCACCUCCCCCAGUACGCUCUACUUCUACUGUGCUCACAAUUGGCGGAGAGAAUUCUGAGAAUUCUGUAUUUUCAGAAGGUGCUGUUGCUGUGACCGCGGAAACUGUUGUGUUGGAGAAGCAACCUGACCGCAAACAAAGCGUAAAGGGGAUGUGGGCAGGAAGUGCCUACAGACUGCAAGGAGAUGACUCAAAAAUGAGAGAAGACAACAUCGCGAGUGGCAUAGGCCGCAGAAUAAACGGAUCAUCGCAUAAUUAUGCAGCUGAAUUCGACGAAAAAUUUAAACUAAUUACGAAACAAGUAAAUGUCGAUGCAACACAAUUCCCUGCGGUGAAACCGAAGCCGAACAAAAAUAACAUGGUAAAGCAAUCUGCGGCAGACUUGCACGAAUCAAGUCGUAGCAGCAGCAGCAGCAGUUCACUUAGUAGCUUGAGCAGUAGUAAUUCAAACACACUUACUAAUGAAGGUGAUAAAGACAGGCGAAGAAAACCCACUCCACCCGGUUAUGACUACACGAUAGAGAGUUUAAGGCGAGGGAGAGCGAAUUCUCUUGGUAGAGGUGACGACCCUCGAGCAAUGACUCACACCAUGCCUCGUUCAGCCACAGUUGAUCUCGAUUCAAGGCACGAUCAAAAUGUUCGAAUUGAAAUGUUGCAUAAAGGUAAUCGUCCUAUCCAUCAUAGCCCAACUGAUCCCAGGAUGCAUCGCCAAAAUAACAGACAUUCUUUGUAUGUAAAUCCAGAAGAUAUGGCAGCUUAUCAACAGAGGAGAAACAUGAUGGUAGCGCAAUAUUUAGAAGACCAACAAUUUUCUAGCCUUCGUCGUCUUCCUCGAAGUUAUACUGGUGUCUUACCUGGACAGCACGCGCCUCGAUUUAGAGAUCCGAGGCAAACGAGACCAGUAUCAGAAUACUUUGAUCGCGGCAACGUAGACCUUCAACGACGCAUAGAAGACGCACAUCCUCGCCAGCACGAGCAACAAAAAACAAAACGCAAUAGCCCAACUAAGGAAAGAAAGGCAGAAACGGUUUUGGAAAGUCAUGAACGUAAGCUUUUUAAUCCAGACACUGAUUAUCGUGUGAUACAAGAAAUAUCACCAAGGGGACCGGGUUAUCGAGACGCUGGUGUAAAUAUUCAACAACGAAAACCUCUACACGACGGAUUGACGUUACAUUCUCAAUCUCGUCAAGCUGACGGAUUGGUUCGGCAUCAAAACGAACGUCAACAGCGACUAAUCUCACAAGGAAAUCCUGUGAGAGCAAACGCUACAGUUUCUGUUUCCGCUAACAAUAUGCCCCCUCCGCCUCCACCCCCACCAAUGCCGCCUCCUCCACCCGAUUACCUUGAUGUGGAAGACGAACAACCUCCGCCACCCGCUGAAUAUAACCCCAGCCACACUGAGAUCAAAAAAAAUGUUUCUUCAAUAUCGUCAUCAAAUGCUUUUGCUGAUUCAAUAAUGAAUGCUGUGUCGGCAAGAUCUACAAGAGUAACUGGGAAUAUUGACCAAGAGAUUACCAAAAAUAAACAGAAAAAGGACAGUGACUCUGAUUCUAUCGGAAGCGUAGGUAAGAACAGCUUACAUCGUGCCGACAGCUCGCCAGGUUCUGAAGGUUUAAGUUUAUAUAAUUCCAGCUCCAGCGUUAGUCUCGAUAGUGCUUGUUCCAAAGAUUCCGGCUUUGAGAAUUCGAGUGAUGGAGUUGACCAUUCUUCUGUUCUGGCUCAAGCUAUUGCGUUAAGAGCUGCAAAGAUGGCGGCCAAAGACACCACUGCUACAAAUGCGCUUCCAUCAACCAAAGAACUUCCUGAACAAGAGAAAAAUGCUGUUGUAGAAUCUGAACUAAUGAAACCAAGCGAAAUUUUGAAAAAAAAUCAGAAAAAUGAAGAAUUAAGUCGAAUAGAAGUUGACAAGGGCUAUUCUUCUCCAACAAGUUCAAGAAGUCGAACUAAAUCUGAUAUUCCACCGACUACCAAACCGAAACCGAAACGAUCGGACACGUUAGAGGCAUCUCCCGAUCAUAACAAUAACAAAACACGUUCGUUUUUAUCAGAAGAUUCUGCUACUUCUUAUUUGGAUGGAGUCAUAGCUGAUGCUGAAGCUAGUAUUGAUUACGACCUCAUCUCUGUUUCAUCAUCGAAUUCACUCAACGAAGAGAGCAAACAGGAAAGCAAGACAGCGCUGAAGAAAGUUGGUUCGUUGACGAUCACUUCUGGUGCUGACAGGAAAGUUGUGUCAUCUUCUACGACUAUCAAGUUACAAACAAAGACACAAGAAGAUGAGCUCCCACCUCCUCCAGCUGAAUUUCUCGAUGAAGACAUAUCACCGUCGACAAAUGAUGACAAUUCUCUUGAUCUUCCUCCGCCAUACACUGAAAGCGCACCUGAGGUAACAACUUCAAAUGUAGACCUUCCGACAUUGUUAUCAAACAAACCGUACAUGGAAUGGUCGACUGAUGACGUAGGUGUUUGGUUAGAUCACUUGAGCUUGAGUACCUACAGGAAAACGUUUUUAGAGAACGAUAUCGAGGGAAAACAUUUACCUGAACUGUCGAAGGAUGAAUUAAAAGAAUUAGGCGUGACUAAAUUAGGACAUCGAAUGACUUUAGACGAUGCUAUUGGUAGAUUAUGUCGGAAUGUAAAAAAGUAACUUUUUAGAUAAUUAUCCUAAACCUCCCUGUAAAAAUAUCAAUGUACAUAGACUGACAGAUGCUGACAAGUGAUAAACCAACUAGGCUAACUUCCAUUUUGGCGUGAAAUCCCUGUAAUUCGAAGUUUUCUUCAAAGCCUCUGUGUUUUUCUACAUAAUUGACGACAGUCAGUCACGUUUGAACAUAAAUUCGUUUCUCACGUUUACAGGAAAAAAAAACGACUUAGUAGAGCUCUUCUAUCUUUUAUUUUUUUAACUAAAGAAGAUUAAUUUUAUUUAUAGAGAAAAAUAUAAUUUCUGUGAUAAUUACGCCAGAGAGAAAUAAUUGUAUAAAUUUUCAUAAAUUUAAAAACCUGUCGAACAAUUUUGAUAGGGUGACUAAUAGUUGCUAUGGCUACGAGAAAAUUUUAUAUUUUUGUAAGUUUUAAAACGUAGAUGGCCAGGUUUUCACAAAUACAACAAACUGAAUAAAA